AUGGCGGCUCCCCGGAUCCUCAGCACCGUCCUGGCCCUGCUCAGCCUCCUGCUGCUGCUGGUGGCCCUGGGCUCCGACCACUGGCGGGUGGCCACCAGCCGCCUCGGGUCCCUCCAUGAGGGGCUGUGGAAGAGCUGCCAGAAUUCGGUGUGUGAACAAAUUUCUUCAGCAUCAGUCUCUUUAAAGGUCACCAGGGCUUUCACACUGCUAGGCAUGAUCGCUGGGUUUCUCUCCUCCUUCGCUCUCCUCGCCUCGUUCCUGCGCUCCCACCUCGGCUCCUUAGCUCUGACCCUGCUCUCCUUCCUGGGCAGCUUCAGCGCAGGGCUCUGUGCCAUGAUCGCGCUGGCCAUGUACACAGGGGAGUUCGCUGGGGCUGUGAAUGCCGCCCACAGCCAAGUCACCUUCGGCUGGUCCUUCGGCCUCGGCUGGGCCUCCUUCCCCCUCUUCCUCAUCACUGAGGACCAGCGAGGGAACUUGGGACUCCAAUGGCUGGAGAAUGGAGACCCCAGCGACUGGUGA